UCAUUCAUUCAUUCAUUCAUUCACUCAUUCAGUUCUUUUCCAACAACACUCCUUACACAGUUUAGCAUAGCAUCUUUUGCACACUCCCUUCAAAAUGCUUCCCGUUCUCGCUCUUGCUAUUGCUUCUACAGCGCUGGCCGCUCCCCAACUGGCCGCUCGUGACGGCAAGCCCCAGACCGUCCUGUACUGGGGUCAGAACACAAAGACUGUUCUCGAAAACCCCGAUCUGGCCUCCUACUGCAAGCCUGACUCCGGUGUCGACAUCAUCGUCCUCAGCUUCCUCUUCCAGUACGGCAAGGGUGACGUGAUUCCCGGUGGUGCUUUUGACCAAUCUUGCGGCGUCACCAGAGGCACUGGCCAGCCCAAGGGCUGUGAGGCCCUCGCUAAGGCCGUUGCCACCUGCCAGGCUGCUGGUGUCAAGGUGCUCGUGUCUCUUGGUGGUGCUUCUGAUCAGUACAGCCUUGGCUCCAAGGAGGAGGCCGAAAAGAUUGCUCAAAAUGUCUGGGAAGCAUACGGCCCCGUUGGACCGUCCAAGGUUCCUCGCCCCUUUGGCAACGCCGUCCUCGAUGGCUUCGAUUUCGACAUUGAAAACAGCCAGGGCUGCAAGUUUUAUCCUGACAUGAUCACCAAGCUCCGAUCCAACUUCCCCAAGGGCAGCAAGUUUGUCAUCUCUGGUGCUCCUCAGUGCCCUAUCCCCGAGCCCAAUGUUCAAAAGGCCAUCGAGCAGGCCCAGUUUGACUACCUCUUUGUUCAAUUCUACAACAGCCCUAGCUGUGCUGCCGCCAAGAACCCCAACUUCGGCCAGUGGAAGACCCAGCUUGCCAAAACCCCAUCCAAGAACGCCAAGAUCUUCCUCGGUGUUCCGGCAUCCCCCACUGCUGCUAACGACGACGUUGCGAUUUCCAAGUCCUACUAUGUCAACCCUGCCAACUUGCUCACGCUUGUCAACAAGUUCAAAAGUGACCCUGCCUUCGGAGGUAUCAUGACCUGGUCUGCUGGAUUUUCAGACCAGAACAUUGAAAACAAGUGCAAUUUUGUCCAACAAGCCAAGAGCAUCCUCACCAAGGGCAAGGUCUGCUAAGCCAAGUGUGGUGGCUGCGGUUAUGCCCUGGCGGCGUGACAAACUGUUUGAUUAGUUAGGCAGGCCUAACUGAUUCCAUUCUUGAUACAUACCACCUCUGGCAUUACUAUAGCCCGGAGAAUUAAUUUUAGAAUAAUGA